AUGGCUUGUUUCAACUUCAAAAUGAAGCAUUUCCUAUUUCCGAAGUCCCUAAGCCUCUUUAAUCUCUUAAUGAUCACCAAUUUGUUCUCAGUACAAUACCCAGUUACAAGUGCUAUAUCCUUCAACUUCACCAGUUUCAGUUCUCGUGACUUCAGAAUAAGAUGUGAGAGAACUGUCGUUGAAGACCAAGUCAUCAAACUCACCGCCAACAAGGUCCCUAUAAACUCUGCAGGCCGAGCCACGUAUUUUAUGCCCAUGCACCUCUGGGACAUGGCAUCCGGAAACCUCACAGAUUUCACUACCCAUUUUUCCUUUGUCAUUGUUUCUCACGAUGCAAGUUAUUAUGGAGAUGGACUUGCCUUCUUCCUAGCACCUAAUGGUUCAAUAAUUCCUCCUAAUGCCAACCAAGGUGGCGGCAUGGGUCUUGCAAGUGGUAACCAGCUACUAAAUUCGACGGACAAUCCUUUUGUCGCGGUGGAGUUUGACAUAUAUCCAAACAUUGAUUGGUUUACAAAGCUAUGGGAUCCGCCAGGCGAACAUUCCCUUUCUUAUAAUCUUGAUUUGAGAGAUCACCUUCCUGAAUGGGUAACUUUUGGACUUGCAGCCGCAACAAGACUUUCUUCUGCAAUCUAUACGGUUAACUCAUGGGAUUUUAGUUCAAGUUUGAAAGAUGUUGUAACCAACCCAAGGAAAAAGAACAACUUAAAGAGGAAUAGGAGGCACACAGAUAGUUGCAUAGAUGAAGAAUUUCAAAAGGGAAUAGGACCAAAGAGGUUCUCAUUUAAUGAAUUGGCUCGUGCCACAAAUAAUUUCAAUGAUGAAGAGAAGCUAGGCCAGGGAGGAUUUGGAGGGGUUUAUAGAGGAUUUUUGAAGGACUCAGAUUCUUUCGUUGCUGUUAAGAGGCUGUCAAAAGGGUCUAACCAGGGGAUAAAGGAGUAUGCCACAGAAGUAAAAAUUAUUAGUCAAUUGAGACAUAGGAAUUUGAUACAACUCAUUGGAUGGUGCCAUAAAAGAGAAGAACUCUUACUCGUUUAUGACUUCAUGCCCAAUGGAAGCUUAGAUUCACAUCUUUUUGUAGAAGAAAGUAUAUUGAGAUGGGAAAUGAGGUACAAAGUUGCUCAAGGAUUGGCGUCGGCCUUGCUUUACUUGCACAAUGAGUGGGAACAAUGCGUGUUGCAUAGGGAUAUAAAAUCAAGCAACAUUAUGCUUGAUUCAAACUUCAAUGCUAAAUUGGGGGAUUUUGGGCUAGCUAGGCUUGUGGACCAUGUAAAAGGAUCAAAAACCACUAGUUCUGUAGGCACCAUGGGCUACAUGGCUCCCGAAUGUGUGACAACCGAUAAGGCUAGCAAGGAGUCAGAUGUCUAUAGUUUCGGAAUUGUCGCUCUAGAAAUUGCUUGUGGAAGAAAACCAAUCAAGUUCAACGCCCCCAAAGGUCAAAUAGUUGUGCUGGAAUGGGUUUGGAAACUUUAUGGAAUAGGAAAGGUACUUGAAGCUGCUGACCUAAAGUUGGGUGGAGAUUUUGAUGAGCGGCAAAUGGAGCGGUUGAUGAUUGUUGGGCUUUGGUGCGCUCAGCCUGAUCGCAAACUUAGGCCUUCAAUGAGGCAAACAAUUCAUGUUCUCAAUUUUGAGGCUCCAUUGCCUAUUCUCCCAUCAACUUUGCCGGGGCCACCACUUCUUGACCCUGCAUCACUUUCGAUGCCCCAUGUUGCUACUCAGCAUGAAGGAGGACAUAAUCAAUAUACAAGCAAUAGUUACACCAAUUCCUCUGUAUCUACCUCAUCCUCUACGGCUUCUCCAUCCGCAUCGCUUUUGCAUACGAGUUAA